GCACGUGUGUCCGCUCGCCGCGGCAGCCGCUGCGUUCGCCGGUUCUGGCCACGGUCACCUGAGACCAGGCGGCCCCUAGCGCUAAGCCGCCCGCGGCUCCGAGAGGCCCUCCUCUCGCCUGCCUGAGCUCCGGCCUUGGCCGGCCUGGGAGCCUCGCAGUUGGCCGCACCGGCCUUUUCCGCGCCGGUGACUGGCCUUAUUCGAAGGAGGAUUUCGGUGGACGUUAGGGGACCGAGAGGGGCUCCUGUGAGAGACCGAAGUUUCCGUCCCCACAGGCCUGUCCUCGCUGAAAAGAGAUUGCGUCAGAGCCCCCGCACCCCAGAAACGAGUCAGGCCUUCAGGCGUCUCGGGCAGCCGAAAUCUCUGCCGAGAGGCGACAGACACAUCCUACCGGAGAGCUCCUACUGCUCUAACUAGAGCGUUAGGGCAAAAAUCGCAAAGCCUGGGGAAACGGGCACAUCUUAGAGCUGCUGGGGCCAGUGGGAGUUUCUUACCCUCAUGGGUUUGCGGGGGAGGCUUGGCCUGUUUGGUCCCAAGCCUAGUGGAGAGAUGCGAGGGAGGUGCAGCUUGGAAAGACAGGAAAGGCACCCCAGGAGAGGGUGUGUGAAGGUAGCAGGAGCUGAUUAACUUUUUUCCUACAGUCUUGCUGGACUGUUUAGUCUAUGUCCUGCAAGGUGGACUUGAUUUUCAUGGUUUUUUCGCUUUCUCUAACUCUACUUUAACAGGAAUCUAUCCUUCUUGAGAGGAGGAAAUGACCAAGUUCCAGGAACCAGUAACCUUCAAGGAUUCUCUGGAUUUCACCGAGGACGAGUAGGGUUGCUGGACCCUGCUCAGAGGAAGCUGCACACAGCUGUGAUGCUGGAAAACUACAGUCACUUGGUCUCAGAGACUUGAAUGAAAAUUCUGUGGAGAAUCAACAGAAAGGACUUAGGUUAUCUCUUACCUGAAUAGCUUUCCUCCUGGCAAAUAUUGGAAGAGAUGUCCAGUACAAUAACUGGGAGUCAGGAUUAAAUUGUGAAUCUUCAGUGUACAGGAACCCUGAACUAGAUGUUCCCCCUUGUCAAAAGUGGGGAGAAGCAUCUUCUCAUAUUUCCAAAAACAAAAGCAGUUUGGUGACUCUUCAGAGUGAUGAUUUAAAAAACAUGGAAAGUGAAGAAUAUUUGUCUUUGAAAGUCCCAAGCCAAAUGGCCACACAGGACUCAGUGACGUUCUGUAAGAAUGAGCCCCAAGAUCCUCAGGAAAGCAAAAUUCUGUUUGUAACUGAAGAAAGCACUGAGAGGAAAAUCUCAGAGAGCAAAAGUCCUCCCAUCGACCAUUGUUCAGAGAACCUUCAAAAUAAACUUGUGUCUGAUGUAAAAGAAGUGGUCUCGCCCUCAUUCAGAGGUGAGACAAUAUGCCAGAUUGGCCAGUCGAAAGAAUCCUUGGAUCCCUUUGACUGUAAACACAAGGACAUUUGUGGUUGGAAGUCAUGGGUGAUCAGUUGUAGUCAUCAGAGAGCUCAUGCAGAGGAGAAGCCCUGCACCCAUUAUGACUGUGGGAAAAUACGUACCACCAGCCCAGGUGGUCACCCGGGUGAGAAAAUCCACACUGCUGAGAAACUAUACAGAUGUAGUCAGUGUGGUAGGGACUUCAGUGAGCGCUCAGAGCUAGUCCUUCAUCAGAGGGACCACACAGAAGAAAAGCCCUACAGAUGUGAUCAGUGCGGGAAGGGCUUCACGAGAAGCUCAAGUCUCCUUAUCCACCGCGAAGUCCAUGCAGAUGAGAAGCCUUAUAAAUGCGACAAGUGUGGGAAGGGCUUCACGAGGAGUUCAAGUCUGCUCAUUCAUCACUCAGUCCACACAGGCGAGAAGCCUUACAAAUGUGACAAGUGCGGGAAGGGCUUUACUCAGAGCUCCAAACUGCACAUCCACCAGCGAGUGCACACUGGAGAGAAGCCCUAUGAGUGCGGGGAGUGUGGUAUGAGCUUCAGUCAGCGCUCCAACCUGCACAUCCACCAGCGCAUCCAUACGGGGGAGAGGCCCUACAAGUGUGGAGAGUGUGGGAAGGGCUUCAGUCAGAGUUCAAACCUUCACAUCCACCGAUGCUCACACACGGGGGAGAAGCCUUACCAGUGCUAUGAGUGUGGGAAGGGCUUCAGCCAGAGCUCAGACCUCCGCAUCCACCUCAGAGUCCACACUGGGGAGAAGCCCUAUCACUGUGGCAAGUGCGGGAAGGGAUUCAGCCAGAGCUCCAAACUCCUCAUCCACCAGAGAGUCCACACUGGAGAGAAGCCCUACGAGUGCAGCAAGUGUGGGAAGGGCUUCAGCCAGAGCUCCAACCUCCAUAUCCACCAGCGGGUCCACAGGAAAGAUCCCCAUUAAAUGAGGUCUUCAAUCGCAUGCUUGUACUCUGAAGACUUAAAUAUUUUUAACAUCACUCCUAGUUUUAUAUUCUCAGGAUAUAGUAAGAGUUAUUCAGAUAACUUCCCUCACUGGAAAAUCAUUUAAAGUAUUUAACUACCAAGCACUUUGUUAUGCUACACAGUGAAUUGAUUGCCCUUGUUCCUCAGAUGGGUAGAGUGAAAAUGUCUAUACUGUGCUGUUCAGUCAGUGUUACUAGAACUACAUACCCUACCCAGCAUUUUUAAGUGCAAGAACCUUAUAUUUCUCCAAGCAGAACAUGUUUCCUUUGUUCACAUUCUCUGAGAAAUUGGAACUUUGGCUUCUCUUCAAAUCACGUGCCUUGUGUUUUCCUAUUUCCUUCCAGCCCUGAGUAGCCCUCUCCAAAUUCUGGUUAUACAAUAUGUUAGUUUUAGGUUGAGGGGGUGGUUGGAGGUAUAGUGGGCAUGGAAAUCUGUUAUUGCACACACGUACUACAGCCUGUGGCCUCACAAGAACGUGGAGAAGAGCUACUCGUGCAGUACACCCCACACACUACAGGAUGUGGGACCCCUCCCCCUCCUCCCCACAAGGCAACUGCUCAAGAACAUAAGUAGUUCUUUUUCCUGGGUGCAGCUAGUCUGUUGGGGUGCUUCCAGGUCUUGCCAUCUCAGAUGACACCCCCACCAAAUUAAAGCCAAGUAGGGUACCUACACCAUGUUGAAACAUGUUAAAUGAAGUUGAAAUAUAUUUAAAUGUAUUUAAUUUGUCUCUCAACACUGAACCUCUCUUAUUUCCUUAAAUUUCUUCACCAUCCAUGUUCUGAACCAAACAAAGGAGUCAGGAGAGGGAGUUCUGAUAUUUUUCUCUUCAGACUCAACUUGUUUUAAUAUUUCAUAUACCCCCAAAAAGUCAUUUGUAUUUGCAGCAUCAUUAUUGAACCAGACUUGGGUCUGCUUGCCCAUGCACAAUAAAGCCAAUCUACUUACACUGGGUUGUGAAGGAAGUGCACCAUUUAUUGUAGGGCACCAAACAAGGGGUCCAAGCAGCUAGUGCUCAAAAGGCCUAAACUCCCUGAUGGCUUUCAGGGAAAGAGUUUAAAAGGGUGAGGAAGGGGGGACUGGGGUGCAUGAUCAGCUCGUGGACAUUCUUCUGAUUGGUUGGUGGUGAGUUAAUCGAGAGUCAACAUUGUCAAUCUUCUGUUUCCAUCCUUUCUGGGGUCUAAUUGCUUGUGGGCAGCAUACAGUUAACUUCUUCCACCUGGUGGCAGAUUCAGUAUCUGCAAAACAGCUCAAAGGACGUUGCUCAGAAUAUUAUCUAUAGCCCUUCAGGAGGAACUAUAGGUCCUUGACUUUAUUUAAUGGCUAAACUAUUGUUAUUUUGUCUUGCUUGACUGUUUUCCUUUCUUUCUGCAUUUUCUCACUUCUCUGAUUAAAUUUACUCUUUGG